CUCUGGAUAAACAUCACCACCUGGUGUUCAUGCUGGGUAACCUGCAGCAGGUCUGAUCCGCUACUCCCAUGGAGCUACUCCCACACUACGUAGACCUUCAGCGGAUCUGGGAAGAGAAAAAAACACACGUAGCCACCUUCAGUACGUGUGAUUAUUGACUUGUGGAUGAAAGCAGCAUGGAUCUGGAAUAGAUCUGAAGACUAGAUCGUCAGGAGUUAAACUGUGGAUGGAGUUUAUGUUGUUAUCAGUCCAGACAGCUCAGAGGCGCUGAGGGGGAUCGGAAUUCACCGGUGACAAGACUCAGAGACUGAGAGGAGAAAAAAGGAAAAGAGGAUCUACUUACAUGGACUUUUAAAAAAGCCUGCUUCAUUUUAAUCACAUUAAGUUCUUCCAGAGAGAGAAACGUUUUUUCCUCUUGAAGCUUUUAACUUUGAAGAAAACAACUCCCAACUAUGGCGAAAAAGUAUGAUUUCCUUUACAAACUGUUGCUCAUCGGAGACAGCGGAGUAGGCAAAACAUGUCUGAUCAUCCGCUUUGCUGAGGACAAUUUCAACUCCACGUACAUUUCCACCAUCGGCAUCGACUUUAAAGUAAAAACCAUUGAAGUUGAUGGAAAGAAAGUGAAACUACAAGUCUGGGACACAGCAGGACAGGAGAGGUUCAAGACCAUUACGACAGCCUACUACAGAGGAGCCAUGGGCAUCAUCCUAGUAUACGACAUCACAGACGAGAAGUCCUUCGAGAACAUCCAGAACUGGAUGAAGAGCAUCAAAGAAAAUGCAUCAGCUGGGGUGAAUCGAAUGUUACUAGGCAAUAAGUGUGACAUUGAAGCGAAGCGGAAAGUUUCCAGGGAGACAGGAGAAAAGCUGGCAAAAGAUCACGGCAUCAGGUUCUUUGAGACCAGUGCAAAGUCCAACAUUAACGUGAACGAGUCUUUUCUGUCUUUGGCACACGACAUACUACAGAAAUCCAGCAAGAAACCAGGCCCAGCAGGCCGAGAGGUGAAAAUCACGAGCAGUACAGAGAAAAAAUCCUCCAAAUGUGUCCUUCUAUAGAUAUGACGCUGGCCAGCAAACGUAAGAAAGCGUCAUAAAAGUUGAAUAGCACUUCAGUAUUACUGAGGAAAAAUAGUACAGCAGGUUUUCUGUCUCCCUCUGGUGGGCUCAAAUAUCAAAUACAUACAGGAGAUUUUACACCGAAAAUACUAUUGUUCCCCAAAAGCAUACUUUGCCAGAAAAAAAAACCUUUGUACUGAAAAGUUGUUGAGGUGAUUGUGCCUGUAUUCCCCACGAAACAUAUCUUCUGCCACAUCUCCUGUGAUAGUGUUAUUGUCAUGAGUGGGGGUCCUAGAUGACUCCAAACAGAUGACGCAGCAUUUCACCAAGCAGUUCCCGCCAUGUCUAGUAAAGCUGUACAUUUCUAUUUCCGCCUUGUAUUUCUCUGGCUUAUCACCACAUUGUCAUCCCUCCAACAGCAAUGCUGUUACUGUCUUUAAAAAGCUGUGUUUGUCAAACUGUGUAGCUAUGCAA